AUGGCUGCGCCCAUGAAAGAAAGUAAUAUAUUUACGCGAGACCUUGAGAGAAAUGAUGACAAAGUUUUAAAACUGAAACAAUAUGAAACUGGUGACGUUGGAUGUGUAGUUUGGGACGCCGCGAUUGUGUUGGCCAAGUACUUUGAGGCUGCGGAUUUUCAGUAUGGACGGUUUUGGAAAGGGAAAAAAGUAUUGGAACUAGGUUCUGGAACGGGCGCUGUGGGGCUGCUUACAGCUAGUUACGGGGCCUCAACAAUUAUAACCGACCUGCAAGACUUUGUUCCACUUAUGAAUAUGAACAUUGAGACCAACAAAGAAACAUUUCCUGACAUGGACAUCAAAGCAUGUGAGCUUAAGUGGGGAACCAGCAUUGAUAGUCAACAGUUUAGCAAUAUUGAUGUUGUAGUUGUUGCUGAUUGUAUUUAUUAUGCAGAGUCUCUUAAACCCCUUGUUCAAACCAUGGAAGAUUUGUGUUCUAGCGGCACUUGUGUUUACUGCUGUUACGAAGAAAGAACCACUGACAAUAAGCCAGAAUUGCAAAGGAAAUUUCUUGAGCUUGUCGGUGAAAGGUUUACUGUUGAGAAGAUUCCUUUGGAAAGACAAGACUCCCAGUUUUCAAGUGAUGAUAUUCAUAUUCUACGGUUUUGCAAAAAAGACAAAACAUGAAACAUUUACACUUGAACUUCCAGUUUAUCAGCAAUGAAAGUAAUAUUCCAUGGUUUUGCUAACAUGAACCAUUUAAACAACUACUGGGUAGUGUAUCAGCGAUGAUAUUACCGUAAUGUCUUGUGACUGUGCGAACAGGAUGAAAAAAUAAAAAUGUUAGUGGUCAACAUUUUAUUUUGACCAAUGUGAAAGCAGUAUUUCUCAAGUUUUCCAAUACAUUUAUUGCAGUAAAUCAGCAGUCAGCCGUCAUUGAAUCCCCCCCAUCCUCCAACUUCGUUCAAGAGUACUUUUUAUAUAUCAAUAUAGAAGAAAACAGUUGCACCAUUUCGGACUACCAAUUGUUUAAAUUUUCUUGGGGGAUAUUUUAGCACUUUUAUCUUCUGUAUGGAAACAAAAAGUACACUUGGAUAAAUUAAGGGGGGGGACACACGCAGGGUACGC